GUUUCUCACAUGUGAAUUGUGCCCACUUCUCCUUCCUUUUUAUAAAUUGAACACAAAUUUCUGAAAUGCAUCGUAAAAAUUCAUUGCGAGAGUCAAUAAGUUUCGUCAAACCAAGAAAAAAAAAACCCGUGCAGGCCAUGAGAUUACGGGGGAAACAUUUAUUUCGCUCGGCAGUCAGGCGAGUGCUGGAGUACAUAGAUUGGUUUGUCGAAGAUGUGGAUGUUGAGGAGCUCAAGGAUGAUAUGAGUAUUGCCUUAGCGGAGCGCAGAAAGCCGGAAAAGAAACGAUUAACGUUAGAGGAUCGCUCGCACCUUUUGAUUCAAACAGAUGCAAGGACUAGAGAGGAUAAAUCCUAUAUUAUUGAUUUAAUAAAGACCUUGAGAGCCUUCAGAAAAUAUCCUGAGGAUGUGAGGGAUUCCUUGAGUGCUAUUUGUGGAUAUUUGUCUUUCGGAAGAAAUAGAGUGAUAGUACGUCAGCAUGAUCCGGCCUAUUAUUUGUAUUAUAUUAUUAGCGGAGAAGUUUCAUUGACGCGGGUGGAAAGAGAUGCUGUCACUGAUGACCUGAUAGAAAUUUCUGGAGGCAUUUUAUGCUCCGGAGAUAUGUUCGGAGAAAUAGCCCUUCUUCAUUCUCUCCCGAGAUCAACAACAGUCUCCACGAUAACUCCUGUAGAUCUGUUGUACAUCACUAAGUCGGAUUUUGAUAAAGUUCUGAAGAAGACCCUUUUGAAAAAUUGGAACGUUCUCCAAGAUGCCUUAGUGACCUUCAACUACUUCAAAAGUUGGGAUGAAUUCACUGUCCGAGAGUGUUGCAUUCUCAGUAAAAUAAAGGACUUCAAAGUGAAUGAGAUACUUUUAGGAGAUGGAAAAGGAAUGGUAAAUUAUGUCUAUUUUCUACUAGCUGGGAAAUGUCGGUUGAUUGAGCAUAUGGUAAUUUUUGAACAAGAAAUGUGUGGCCAUCUGAAAUAUGAAUUAUACAAUCCGGAGAAGUUUCAAAGAUAUUCUACAAGCACACGCACCAGUCGAAAAUCUGACAGGACCGAACUGGAAGUUUCUAGGGUAAUAGAAAAGGAUGAUGAGAGAUUAAACGAGUUCCAAGUUCCAGAUUAUGCAGGAACGAUUAUUGCUAACGGACCACAAGAAAAAGUAGAUAUGGAUCGUCACAGUGUCGUUACAACGACUCUCCAAGAUGUUAUUAAUCAAUGGCAUGAGAUAACGGAUGUGGCUGCGGCUUUGAUGAGACAACCAUCAAUAUCCCAGCAUACAUAUCCUGAAGGAGUUAGGACAAGAUUCAUGCAAGUUUGCGAGUUUCAACGAGGAGCAUGUUUUGGUUUAGGAGAGGAGAUGAAGAAUCGUCGAAUUGUAUCGAUGACUCCAGUUCGCUGCCUUCUGGUUCCCCGCUAUUGGCUGUUCGCACAUAAUCGUGGGAACAUUUGGGAACGUGUGAAGCUCUUCAUGAACAACAAGUACCCAUCCAGAGAUCAACUAUUCAACAAGUUUCUCUCGGACCGAAGGUCGAUCCAAUAUGAAAAAAAUAUGAUGACAGACAUUAUAAAAAGGAGUAAAAAUAUUUAUAAUAAAACUACCAUUCACGAUGUGCCUUAUUCUAUCAGAGUGAAUGAAGAUAUCGAAACUUUACAAGUAUAA